AUGUCCAGCCCAAUUACCAUUUAUGGCCUCACCGCCGUCCCCGCCUCCGCCACUGUUCUCCUCACAGAGACACCAGCAUACCCACGCCUCCACGCCCACCCGGAUCCAAUCCCCAUCACCGAAACCCCAAUCCCCACUACGGCUCUUGCCCAACGCAUCAACACCUAUGCGCAAACCCACCUCCCCGAGGAAACCUACAAUCACUGUCUCCGCGUUUACCAUUACGGCCUCGCAAUCAAGAAACACCGAUUCCCUUUCCCAGACUGGGCCUUUACUGAUGAAAGUUACUUCCUCGCCUGUCUCCUCCAUGACAUUGGAACCACCGAGACAAACCUCCACGCCACACGGCUGAGCUUUGAGUUCUUUGGUGGGAUUCUCGCUUUGCGGGUACUACAGCAAUCUCAGACCAUUGAUGACGAUAGUGAUAGUGGUAAUGGUAGUGGGUCGGCGGCGAUUGCACCACAAGAACAAGCCGAGAGUGUGGCGGAGGCGAUAAUUCGGCAUCAGGAUUUAUGUCAAGUUGGCAAGAUUUCCGCUCUCGGUCAACUUUUACAAUUGGCGACAAUCUUUGAUAAUACCGGUUCUUAUGCUGAUCUCGUUCACCCGGAUACUAUCAAGGACGUGUGUGCGCAUUUCCCGCGCCACCACUGGAGCGGGUGCUUCGCCGCGACGAUCCGUCGGGAGAACGGCUUGAAGCCGUGGGCACAUACUACAGCUUUGGGUGAAGAGGCUUUCCCAGCCAAGGUCUUGGGAAAUACCUUGAUGGAGCCGUAUGAGUGA